ACUAUUUGCAGGACAGUCCCGCUUAGAAGUCGUGCAAAGAAGCUCUGUAACAUGUGAUGCUUUAUUGUUGUUGCCGUCGAGGCCUGAAUACCUUUUUUCGGCCCACGCAGGGGCACAUCGCCGGCCUCGAUUUCCAUCGAAAGAGACUCCUCACCUCAGCCUCGACCUCGAAGCCAUGGAAACAUGAUAGCAUCGAGUUGCCUGUCGGAGUGAGUGGGCGCGUGAGGCUCGAUAUCUUUUCUCCGUACCGUCGCAUCGCAAAGCAGCAUGGACCACGAAAUCUACUCGUUCACCUCCCUCCUGGUCCUUCCAUAGAUACAACCGACACCGCGUCGAUCGACGUCCUCUCUCAGCUGCAAAACAGCUUCCCACCAUCGACAUCGCUUGUCUCGAUACAAUACAGGCUGGGGGAUGGCAUAGACACAGCGGUCUCGCCGGCGUGCUUUCCGGUGCCCGUCCACGACGUCUCAACCGCAUUCGAAUAUCUCACGUCUCCAACUUCUCCAAUCAAUGUGGACUACGAGGAGCCACCGAAGAUAUGUCUCUUGGGAAGCAAUAUAGGAGGCGCGCUUGCGACCAUGCUGGCCCUGACGGAACCGAAUGAAAUCCAUGCUCUUGCCGUGAUUGAACCAAUGGUCGAUUGGUCGGGAUUGGACGAUGUGGUCGAACAACUGCGCGCUAGUGAGACCUCCACCAUCCCACAGAAGAGGCAGAAACAGAGAGUCACAACCCGCUACGGUGUGGAGAACCAGGCAGUCAUGGCUGCGGCGGAAGAGCUGAUCAAAAUGCGCUCGAAGCUGUUCCAGACGCCGUCCGCAUACUUCGACCCAUUUGCAAGUCCUAUGCUGUUUCUUCGCGCCCCGGGUAAAGACACACCCCUGGCAACCCCAGUACCAGACCAGUGUCAGCUCGACAGCUAUGGGGGCUAUGACUCUCUUGGCCCCGCCACCCAUGACUCGCAGCGGUCCAGCUCUUCAACACUGACGAGCUCGUCAGGCUCACCGUACGACACGAGUGAGCCUUCAGGUGUUGAAACUGGUACCGAACCGAGCUCAGCAUCCACGAUCCAACCGCGCCGCCGAAAAGUUCUCAGGCGCUGGCCUGCUGUCGGGCUCCCUGAAUCCGUCACACUGCCUUAUGUGAACAUCUUCGUGCAUCCCCAAACUCCACGAAAUGCUCAACAGCCCGGCUCCGAGGCAGAAGAUCUUGGUAAAGGCCAUGCAGCUCUGAUGCGGGCCCAGGGACUCGAGAUGGCUGAACUAAUGCGGCGUGCUUGUUUUAUGGGGCGGGAGAAGAGUUUCGCUGAGGAGCGUGUCCAGGUCUAUGGACAGGGACAGGAUCAGCAGACGACGGGCGAGGUUGAGCAAGACUCUGAGCGCCGCGUUGGGAAAGAUAGAGUACAUCUACAUGAAGGAACGGCAUUGACGAAGGCAAAAUUACAACAAGGUGCAGUUGACUGGGUCGCGGGAAUGUUUGCGAGAAAUUAAGGGCGAGAUAAUUGACGCCUUCGUUUCUUCUUGUCGUCGAGCCAAGGCCACCGAACAGUUCAGUAUGUGCUGUUGAUAGAAUCUCAUGGUCGUUCCGUGAGAGGUCCUGUGAUCUACAUUCUUCACAAGGAUGAAAUUACCUGUUCUACCUUCCCCUUCACCAGGACAUGACAGAGGAUGCACCCGCACAGCUGUUGAGUGGAGCUCUAUACUUCUCGUACGAAGAUAGGAAAUUUGUCAUCAAUGAAGAAUCACCAAUUAUGACUACUACACAA